CACGUCAAUAAUGUAGUCAUUAGGAUUCUAUCUACGCCGCUUAAAACGAAUCCUAUAGCAGAGGCUGGAUCCCUACGUUCGCUUCCCCGAGAGGAGCCACUCCCGCGACGUACCUAAACGCGCCUAAUGACCCCCACACGGGAAGCGACUACCCCAGGCGAAGCCCUCCGCAGACGGCGUGGGCGGGCGGGUUCCGAUCCCUACACCUUAACGGCUCGUUAACGGCCCGCCGCCCAAGCCUGGAGUUACCAGAAAGGAGCGCGUGGCCCUUAGAGCGGUUUCCCUGGGCCGGCAUUGCGUGAGGGAAGCGGCUCCUUCGCGGUUUCUCUCGGAAGAUUGCGGGUUUAGCCAUGAUGGAGGAACAUGCAGCGCAUAAUUAUACAGUUGAAAAUGUAGUUGGCUGCCAUGUGGAAGAUUCAGUAACAUUUUGGGCUCAGGACAUCAAUAGACAAGAUGACAUCUUGAAGGCGAGCUGUGCUCUAGCUGAAAUCUGUCCUCAAGCCAAUCCAGUUUUUGGCAAUCCUGAUCUUACUAAGAUCUAUGGAGGGUGCUUUUCUGAAGAUAAAUGCUGGUACAGAUGUAAAGUAUUGAAGGUCAUCAGUAAUGAAAAGUGCCAAGUAUUAUAUAUUGACUAUGGAAACUCUGAAAUUCUCAGUCGAUCGGAGAUAGUUGAGAUUCCGGCGCAGUUUCAGUUUCCUUGUGUUGCACAAAGAUACGUACUAUCGGAUUUACAGAUAAGAGUUACUCAGGAUUUAAAUCUGUUUGACCAGGGCAGGAAGUUUCUGAAUACUUUGAUAUUUGAAAAAGAAAUUAAGAUAAGAUGCAAAUCAACACGUCCCGAUGGCACCAUUGUGGUCCAGGCCGAGUGUGGUGUACUGGAUGUUGGGGAAGAAGUGGCUGAGAAAGGGUUUGCUGAAAGAUGCCAGUCUCCCACAAAGCGUAAUAACUGUGAGACCAAAAAAGAUUCCCUUUUAUACCAGCCCAGGAAUUCAGAAAGUUCAGAUCCACUGUGGGGAGCCAGAGGAAGCCCUCUCCCAAGCAGGAGGCCAAAAGGGGGCUUUGGUGAUCAUGUAUCACCUCUGAAUGGGAGGAAUGAGAGCAACUCUGUAAACGAUUUGUCAAUUCUCAGUAGGGAGAAAAUGGCAGCUUCUAAUAAUAUAAGAUUGCUGAACACUAGCUUGGAAAAAAUCAAACAGGAGCAGGAAAUAAUAGAGGAGAAUGAAAAGCUGAAACUGGAGAAAGAAGCUUUGAAAAAGGAAAACCAGAAUCUGAUUCAUCAACAUGAAGAACUAGAAUUAAAGGUUCAGAAACUAACUCAUGAUCUACAGGAAGAGAUAAAAGCUAAAAAGGAAAGCCUGAUGUACCUAGAAAGUGUUCUUCCAGGAUAUAUAGGAACCACCAUGAGAAGCUUGGCCACCAAGUUUGAGAAAAUUAAAGAAACAAGGCAAGACAGUAUGUCUGCUCGUUUUGGAGAAGACCUUUCAGAAGCUGUGAAAGUGGUGACUGCGGGGUGUCUUGCUGCUCCUUUCUUUCUGGAAACGCUGGAAAAGACGUGGAUAGACUACAACUCUUCACAAGAGGAAAUACGCUUGUGCAAAGAUGGGGAGAAAGUACAGAGCUUGAUACUUUGCAGAAAUGAAGUGCAGCAGAAGUUAUACUCUGCCAUGAAAGAUUUCAUUGCAGAAGUGAAUGAUUUGCCCCUUUUGGAGCGUCGAGAAACAUUGCAGGAAUUGCAGAGUUCGUUGGAGGCUGUAUAUGGAAAGAACUCUCUUCCUGAAGCCGAGAGUUCUGAGGGAGCAUUUGAGAAAUUCUUUGAGUGGAAGAAUGUUAAGCUGCAGGAAUUCAACCAGGUCAGGAAUGCCACAGAUACAUCACUGCAGAAUCUUAAGAAUUGUUUCAGCAAGAUAAUUCAGUGUUUUGACAUGAACUCAGAUACAUUCUUGAAACCUGAAGAUGCCACUGCCAACGUGGAUGAAGUUCUUAAGAAUUCUGAGCUGGCUAUUACCCAAGAACUGGACAUUUUUCUAACUGAACAGGAUGAAGUGGACAAAAAAAUUAUCUUAAAUGUGUACAGCGAAGUCAUGCAGAAGAUCCACCAGGAACAACAACUCUUAAGCACUGUUUAUCAGAAGUAUCUUAACAGUGUUGAGUUAAAGCAGCAGAUUGUGGAAUGGCUGGGUACGAGCCCGAACAUUGAUGAGUUGUUACUGAUUAAGAAGAAAAUGAAAAACAUAAAGGCUCAGCUGAGAUGGAAGUUGGUGGAAAGAAACAACUUGGAAGAAUCUGAUGACUAUAGUGAGCCUGAAGUGGCAAAAAUAAAAGAAGAAAUCACAGAAUUACGAAAUGAGUUAUUUCAGGAAGUGUACAAAGAGCAAGAAGAAUAUGAGAAGCUUAAUCAUCUGGCACAGAAAUGGUUCCCUGAGUUGCCACUCCUUUAUCCCGAAGCAGGAAUUCAAAGAUACAUGACCUCGGGAGGACUUCUGACCGUCAGUUUGGAACGUGAUCUUCUAGAUGCUGAACCAAUGAAGGAACUGAGCACAAAACGCCCUGUGGUUUGCUCAGAGGUUCGAGGGCAAAAGGUUCUCCUAAAGGGAUACACAGUGGAUAUGAAUACUGAAACAGAAGUGAUAGAGAGAGCAGCACAGUAUCACAAAGUCUGGAGAGAACUGAAGGAGGAGUCUGGUCUAAUGCAGCUGAUGUUCCUGUUUUUGUGCAAGUUUGAUCCUGUUGCCUAUCUGAUGGUCCCAUAUUAUGCUGGAGCAAGCUUAGCCGUAUUGCAGACUACAAUGCCUUUAACUCCAGAAGAAACCUGGAAAGUCAUGAAAGGAGUAGCCCGGGGUCUAUAUUCACUACAUACAGCUGGUAUAAUUCAUGGCUCCUUACACAACAAAAACGUUUUUGCUAUAAAUCGAGAACAAGGAAUUGUUGGUGACUUUGAUUUCACCAAAUCUGAGUGGCAGCGUACUUUGUUGAAUUCAUCAGAACUGAAAGGUUUGAGCUUGACUCCUCCUGAAGUAAAAGAAGGACAACCACCAUCUCCGGCUUCCGAUAUAUAUGCUUUUGGUUGCCUGCUGUACUGGCUGUUAAGCGGAAAUAAAGGGUUUAAAAUAAACAAAGACGGGACUCCUGAAAUUGAUGGACUUAUUAUGGAUGGUAAAGCUAAAUCUCUGCUCAUGAAUCUUCUAUGUUGUAAUAGUCGAAUGACCUCUGAGCAACUGCUGAAUGAUAGCUAUUUCCUCUCACCCAAUGUGGUCCCCCUUCCACUGGCAGAUGAACAAGCUGAAUGUGGAAACAGCAGAGAAACAGCAGAAGAUAAAAUGGUGUCUGAUGUUCAGCAGGGUGAAGAGGAGGAACUCGUAGAAACAAGAGAACCUGAUGAUUGUGAAGGUGAAGAAUCGAUGGAAAGUCAAACUAAACAGGAUUAGCAUAAUUUGGGAGCCCUAGAGCUCUACAUUUCUAAGUUUAAAAACUGCGGAAGAAUACAAAAAAGUGCAACAGUUACCUUGAAAGUUUGUUUUCCUUUGUUUUCUGCUUUGGCUUUGCAUAUAUUUAUUGCAUGUAAUAUGCAUCAAGGACAGUUCAUACACAGGGCUGAGUUGUGGUUUACUUUUUGUGAGCAUCUAAUGUCUGUUUUCACUUUCAAAAACAAGGAGCUUCCCAAGUUGCUUUACAGAUGUUUCCCUUGAGCUGGCUCUUUAAAGAUGUAGAUAGCAGCUGCCACCCCCUUCCUCUACAACAAGGGUGGACAAUGUCUGGCCCUUUAGAAGUUGCUGGAUUGGAACUCUCAUCAUCCUUCACCAUUGGCUGUGUGUCUAGAACUGAUAGUUUGUGCAUCUGAUGGGCUACAUAGCUUCCAGCAAUGUUUUAGAGCAAUGUUUCCCAGCCUUAGGUCCCCAGAUGUUCUUGGACUGCAACUCCCAGAAAUAGUGGCCAGCAUAGCUAGUGAUGAAGGCUUCUGGGAGUUUUAGUCUAAAAACAUCUGAGGACCCAAGAUUGUGAACAAUUUGCUCUAGAGUAAGCAAAAGGAACCCAGUGUGGCUGUGGAGACUGCUGGGAACAAAGGAUUAGAGCCCUCUCUCCUCCAUUAGGCUUCUGGUCUGGAUUGUAGAAGUCUGCAUCUCCAUGUUGUAUUGCCAGAAAGUCUUACUUGAAACAAAUAGAUCACUUUUUUGGCAAUUAAAAAAAUUGCAGUCUAUUCAGAGACAUCCCUGAUGUGGAAUAUAAUAGGUAUAAAGCCCUCUACCAUAUCAAGGUUCUAGUCUAGAUGGGUUCCUUGUGUGUACCAUUAAAAACAAAUCAAAAGAAAGAUGUAGGUGCUUCCUGUGUUUUAAAAGUGGUGCCAAGCCUGUUUGGGAGGGAUGGGGUGGGGGCUCUCCUAUGUGCUUCCCAAGGGAAGCCAGUGUAUUGCACAGUUCCAGUACUCCGAUAGGUGGUUCUAAAGGGCUUGCUUGCAUUGCCUGUUUGCAAGAAGGCCAGCUGGACACCCUUCAGAUUAUGUGUUUUUAAAAAAAUAUACACCAGAAAUCCUAAAGAGCCAUUUGAGGAAGAAGGAAAAAAUAUCAAAAAAUGGAAAUUUGGUUGUGUCCCUUUCAGUAAUAUGCACUGAGCUGUGCUUGCUGUCUGCCCUCGUUUUGACAUGAGUAUUGCUUAAAAUGCCUGUAAAUGGAACUUGGAUUGUGAUACCUUACACCUAAAGGCAAGAUAAGCCCCUCCCAUCUGUUUUUGCAAAGACAAUGCUUAAAGAAUUAGAACUAUUUGAAUAAAGUUUUGG